GCUGGCCGGGGCCCAGGAGCCUGGCGCUGGCGCUGUGGCCACAGGGGCCGCCCAGGGCUUGCAGGUCCCAAGCGAAGAAAGGGCGGCUUUGUGCCCGUGCGGCCCGCCCGGCACGCAUUCUGCAAGGCUGCGGACACAGAGCAGAACUGUCUGUAGCCCCAGUCCAGCCGUCCCAAAUAAACAAUUCUCGGUACCCGCUCGAGCAUGGCACGAUGCCCCUCACGUGGGCCCUAGGAUCUCGCAUCUCCCCUGCCCUGUGGAGCCUGAUUCCACGCAAGACGCCAAGUGUCAGGAUCCUGUCCCACAUGGCUGGCGGGCUCCAGCCGGCCAGCCUGGUGGUCCUGCCCCAGUCCCUCGCUCCUGCCUUCGAAAGGUUCUGCCAGGCCAACAGCGGCCCUCUGCCCCUGCUGGGCCGGAGCCCGCCAGGCAAGUGGACAGUGCCUGCCCCAGACACCAGGAAUGGCCGUCCCCAGUUCUGGAAAUAUGAGCUGGGUGCCUGCACGGGCAGCGUGACCUCGCUGGAGGAGAACUCAGCGCCACUGAGGGACAUGGUGACUUUUGUCCUGAGCUGCAGCUCCACCCCGGAAGCGGCCUUGGAGAAGGCGGGUCUCCCCUGCAGGACCCCAGCAGGUGGCAGCCUCGCGGGUGCCUACAAGACCACCGUGCCUUGCGCAACCAUCGCUGGCUUCGGCUGCCCCCUGGUGGUCACGAUGAGGCCUGUUCCCCAGGGCCAGUUGGAAAAGCUGGUGCAGGCCAGUUGCUCUCUGGGCCGUGAGCAAGGACGACCCAUUCAUAUCGGAGACCCAGGGCUGCUGGGAAUCAGAGACCUUUCCAGACCCGACUACGGGGACGCAGUGGCCUGUCAGCCUGGGGACGUCCCCGUGUUCUGGCCUUCUCAGCUCACCUGUCUCGAAGCCGUCAGCAGCUGCAAGACCCCGCUGGCUUUCACCAGCGCGCCCGGCUGUACCGUAAUGACCGACCUGAAGGAUGCAGAGGCUCCGGCCGGCUCUCUCACCCCGGAGGGAACUCCCGAGGUCCAUCAGAUUUCCCAAGAUCCUUUGCACUACAGCCUCGCCUCGGCUCAGGCUGUGCGGAAGAUUCGAGAACUCGAAACGAUCAUUGCCGUGGACCCAGGCAACCGGGGCAUCGGGCACCUGCUCGGGGAGGGCGAGCUGCUGCGGGCCGCCCUGUCGCUGUCCCACGCCCGCGCCGUGCUCAUCACCACCGGCUUCCCCACGCACUUCAAACACGAGCCUCCGGAGGAGAACGACGGGCCCCCGGGGGCCGUAGCUCUGGCCGCCUUCCUGCAGGCCCUGUGCAAGGACGUCUCCCUGGUCGUGGACCGGAGAGCCCUGGGCUUGUUCGAGAAGCUCGUCGACGAGGCUGUUGGAGAAGGCGUUCUGGAGACGCGUGUCCCUCUCCUGACUUUUCAAGGUGGACCCGCAGGCGCCGCUCAGAGCUUCCUCUGCAAAGACGGAGACCCCACGUGCCCCAGGUUCGACCACCUGGUGGCCAUCGAGCGAUCGGGGAGGGCGGCCGACGGGAACUACUAUAAUGCAAGGAAGAUGAACAUCAGGCACCUGGUGGACCCCAUCGACGACCUUUUCCUGGCCGCGCAGACGAUUCCUGGGAUCUCAUCCACCGGGGUCGGAGACGGAGGCAACGAGCUGGGAAUGGGGAAAGUGAAGGCGGCCGUGAAGAGGCACAUCCGCAACGGGGAUGUCAUCGCCUGCGACGUGGCAGCCGACUCUGCCGUCAUUGCGGGUGUUUCCAACUGGGGGGGCUACGCCCUGGCCUGUGCGCUCUACGUCCUCAACAGCUGUGCCAUCCACAGGUGCUACCAGAGGAAGGCCAUCGGGCCCCCCAGGGACCCUGGGGAGCAGAGCUGGGCCCGGGCCCUGCCCUCCGUCACUAAGGAAGAGAAGAUGUUGGGCAUCCUGGCACGGCACCAGGUCCGGAGUGGGGUGACGGGCGAAGUGGGCAUGGUGGUGGACGGACUGCCCUUCCACGACACGCAUGCCCCCAUGAUCCAGAAGCUGGUGGACGUCGCCGAGGGGCGGGGCUGACCACACGCACACGGGCCGGGUGCCUGAAGGCGAGUCCCAGACGGCCACGCCUGGGUCUGGGGAGCUCCCCGCACCCCUGCUUCUCUCCACGGCGGGCCAAGAAGCCCCGAGCCUGGCCGAGCAAGGAAAAGGCUCCCCGCGAACCCACUUCCCGCGAGUGGGUGAUGCAGAUAAGGAAGCAUUUGUCUGGGGCUUCGAGUUGUUGCUUUCAUCCGUCCGGUGUGAGAGGCAGGGCCUGUGGUCCUCCCCCGCCCCCGCGGUCGGCUCUGACCCAUCCGACCCAUCACUGACGGGAAUCGCGAGUAGGUAGCUGGCAGGCGGCCCGAGCAGGAGGUAAGGGCCAUGAAUAAUCCCCCGCGCUGGCUCGGGAACGGUAAAACACCGCCGCGUGGCAGGGUGUCUGUGCACGAAGUUCUGGGACUCUCCUGAAAGUCUACUCAGCACCACCACCAGCACAAUGUUUAUACCUUUGAAAAGCUCUCUCUCCUUGGAGGGCUGGGUGUCGGAUCACUGUGUGACUAUAAACGGAUCGUGAACAGCUUUGAGACUAUGAAUCUCGCAGUGACUCAAUUGAAAAAAAUUUAA